AUGGCCGAGGCGUCAACUCGUCCAAACAGUACCAUCUACGUUGGCGGGCUCGACACCACUCUUGUCACCGCCGCAACCCUAUCCGAAGCAUUUAUUCCUUUCGGCGACAUCACAGACAUUACGCUACCCAAGCCCGAAGCACCGUCCUCAACGGAACUGCACCGUGGCUUCGGAUACGUUGAGUUUGAGGAUGCCGCCGAUGCGGCAGAAGCGAUCAAUAACAUGGACCAAAGUGAACUCUAUGGACGGGUGAUCAAGGUUGCCAUGGCAAAGCCUGAUCGCAAGGAGACGGGCCAGCCUGGCUUGGGAAGUACGACUGCUAUCUGGGAACAGGCGAGUUAUCUGGCGAAGUAUGGUGCUGCAAGCGAGGACAAAGCUGCUGUCGAACAAUUGAAGAAUGAGCGGCCUGCAGAUCCUAUGGAUGGCUUAGAGGGUCUUGAUGUCGCAGGGCCAAAGCCAGAGUGA